UCAAAUAUUAUGAACAUUUCUCUCUCCCAGCUGUCACUACACCAAACUACAUAUGUUAUAUUUCCCUAAAUCGUCUUGCUGUGCUCUUUGCAGCUCUUCUAUACGAUUGCUGUCCCCAUCUAACUAGUUGCUCAGAAGUUACUAUAGUUAUUUCAGGUGAGGCCUCAAGGCAAAAGCCUACUAUAGUCACUAUCCAGUUCAUCCCCCACAUUAGCAUUAAUUUCCAUUUAACACGACGGACAGGCUAUGUUUCUGGAAAAUAACAGAUUUUGAAGAGCUAUGGCAAUUAUUUGUUGGCUCUUUAAACAUCCACUCGGGGGGGAAAAAAGUCCUACAAAAUGCCAACUGUUAUUGUGGGAAUUUUUUGCUAUUUAUUCCAGGAAAAUGAUUCAGACACUUCAGAAAGAGGGUCGCCCUGUACUAGGUCUUGAACCCACAGAACUGUUCGCACAGAUAUUUAUCCAAGAUACAUCACAGCCUCCACCUCAACAGAUGCUCUCUCAAAUGUGUCACGACUCCGCAACAGUCUCCGUCUCGGGGGAGGAGGACGCCGCCAGAGCGGGCUCUGCUGGCACGAAGGCGGGCCUGAAACCCCUAGCUAAGAGCUGGACCAAAAAUAACGUCCCGCGUGUUGUCUAUUUAAAAGUUGAAGUUAAGAUGAAAAAUUACUCUCCAUCCUGAACGGGCCUUCGGUGCCUCGCUCACAGACGACAGAGCGGCAAACGGGAAGAAUUGUUUCUGUCUUCGAUGAGGAACAUCAACGUGGAAUUUUUGGCGAUCUUAUACAUGAGGCGCUGUCUGGGGUAUUCCAGAAGAUUCCAUAAUUGAUUCUUUUUCUGCUGCUUGCCUUCCAAUAUGAAGGAGGAUCAAGUUGUGCUGGAAGAACCAGGGUUCCAAGAUGAAGAGGAAUCCUUGUUUCAAGACAUUGACCUGUUACAAAAACAUGGAAUUAACGUGGCUGACAUUAAGAAACUGAAGUCAGUAGGAAUCUGUACCAUCAAAGGGAUACAAAUGACAACAAAAAGAGCCCUAUGCAAUGUCAAAGGACUUUCAGAAGCAAAAGUGGACAAGAUUAAAGAAGCAGCCAACAAACUUAUUGAACCAGGAUUCUUGACUGCAUUUGAGUAUAGUGAGAAGAGGAAGAUGGUUUUUCAUAUCACCACUGGGAGCCAGGAAUUUGAUAAAUUGCUGGGAGGUGGAAUUGAAAGCAUGGCAAUCACAGAGGCUUUUGGAGAAUUUCGUACUGGAAAAACCCAGCUUUCUCAUACUCUGUGUGUGACAGCUCAACUUCCCGGAGCAGGUGGCUACUCAGGAGGAAAGAUUAUCUUCAUUGAUACAGAAAAUACUUUCCGCCCUGAUCGCCUUCGGGACAUUGCUGAUCGCUUCAAUGUAGACCAUGAUGCAGUACUGGACAAUGUACUUUAUGCACGUGCAUAUACUAGUGAACAUCAGAUGGAGCUACUUGAUUAUGUAGCUGCAAAGUUCCAUGAAGAAGCUGGCAUUUUCAAGCUAUUGAUUAUUGAUUCAAUAAUGGCACUUUUUCGGGUGGAUUUCAGUGGUCGUGGAGAAUUGGCUGAACGGCAGCAAAAAUUGGCCCAGAUGUUAUCAAGACUCCAAAAAAUCUCAGAAGAAUAUAAUGUGGCUGUUUUUGUGACCAAUCAAAUGACUGCUGAUCCAGGAGCAACUAUGACUUUUCAGGCAGACCCAAAAAAACCCAUCGGGGGACACAUUCUGGCUCAUGCUUCAACAACAAGAAUAAGCUUGCGAAAGGGAAGAGGAGAACUGAGAAUUGCCAAGAUUUAUGAUAGUCCUGAGAUGCCUGAAAAUGAAGCCACCUUCGCAAUAACUGCUGGAGGAAUUGGGGAUGCCAAGGAGUAGGUGGUGAAUCGGUGCAAAUUGCUUCUUAGUGCUUAUUAUGAGCUGAAGAAAUGGAAAAGCAGUUUCAAAUUUCAGAUCUUGAAGAGUUUGUUUUUUUAACAUGUUACUAAAGAAAAGUCAGCAAAAGAGAUUUAAAUCUUGUAUUUAUCUUUAAGGUCCCUGGUUCAUAAUAAAUAUACAUUGUAUGUCAAUUCAGAAAAAAUGUGUGUGUGUGUGGGUGGGUGGGUGUAAAUAAACCUAUUAAAAACUAGUUGGGGAAGGGAUACCUGAUUCCCUCACUUUAGCCAAGAGAGCCACUAAACAGAUGGAAAGUCUAAGAGCUCAGAAAUGUCCCAGUUUCCUGCAGUCUCCCCUUGAGCACUUACAGAGGGGGGUACACUUCCAAAGGAGGGAAGAGUUCAAGGAAGGAAUGUUUAUGGACACACAAAAAAGCUUUUUAUACUUAAAAUAUCAAAAUGUACAUCCACUUUUAUAGUAAAGAAACUUUUACAGAAAAGAAACAUUAAAUUAAGCUAAAUUUUACAUCAUUUGACUUUUUGACAAGCUGAAAUCACUCUUAAAAAUGUAUUUCUGACAACAAACAUUUUAUUGGGAAGAUAUUGGGAAGAUAAAAAAGGAAGGUAAAUUAGGAACAUUACAAUUUUGAAACUUUACAAUUUUCAGAAAUAAAUGUACUAUGACUUUUGUAUUUUAAGUUUGGGAUAGAGAAUUCAAAAUCUUUUUAAAGCUAUUAAAGUUAAUUUA